UGACAUGUUGUAACUUUCCUUUUCCCAGUGGGACUGAAUCAGUUUUCUGACAUGUUGUAACUUUCCUUUUCCCAGUGGGACUGAAUCAGUUUUCUGACAUGUUGUAACUUUCCUUUUCCCAGUGGGACUGAAUCAGUUUUCUGACAUGUUGUAACUUUCCUUUUCCCAGUGGGACUGAAUCAGUUUUCUGACAUGAGCUUUGCAGAGUUUCGGAAGACUUUCCUCCUGACUGAACCUCAGAACUGCUCUGCCACCAAAUGGAGUCACAUCAGCAGCCAUGGGCCAUAUCCUGGUUCUGUGGACUGGAGAGAGAAGGGAAACUAUGUGUCACCUGUCAAAUAUCAGGGUCAUUGUGGAAGCUACUGGACCUUCUCCACUACCGGCUGUCUUGAGUCUGUUACCGCUAUAGCUACUGGAAAACUCCCACUUCUGUCUGAGCAGCAACUGGUGGACUGUGCUCAAGACUUCAACAAUCACGGAUGUAUGGGGGGACUCCCAAGCCAGGCGUUUGAGUAUGUUAAAUACAACAAUGGACUCAUGACCGAAGAUGACUAUCCUUACAUGGAUGGCUCUUGCAAUUUCAAGCCCGAGUUGGCAGCUGCCUUCGUGAAAGAUGUUGUCAACAUAACAAGUUAUGACGAAAAGGGCAUGGUUGAUGCUGUGGCC